AUGCCGUUCGUGAAUAGUCUAAACAAUUACUUGAACAAAAACUUCACCGGAAAAUGUACAGGUAGUGUGUAUGGCUUUUGGACAGCUGGUCGCAGAAAAGACAAAACUAAAACCUUCUACUGGAACACGGCCAAACCUUCGAUAUAUGCUUUUAACACCUGCGACUGCGGAAAGGUAGCUAACAUACUGAACUGGGCUUCCGGCCAACCGGAUGAUUACAUGAGCAAUGAAGAUUGCGUGCAUAUGUACUCAGUGGAUGGCAAAUUGAUUGCUAACGAUUUUCCGUGCAGCAACAAAGUAACAAAAAGGAAAAGAGUAGGAUCACUAAAGAAGGGCAAGCAAGGACUAUAUGACAAGCGCUUCAAAGAAUUAACAGUCGAUGAAGUGAAGUUGUUUCAAUACAAUUCCUCAGUUGCGGCUAACGAUAUAGCCUUGAUUAAACUUAGUGAACCGCUGACAUUCAACAAAACUGUUCAACCAAUCUGCCUGGCUCAACCCAAUAUCGUCGAAGCCUACGAUGUUUGUGUUCUUACUGGGCACGGGAAAACUGAUCCAGCGGACGGCAAAUCUUCGAGUCAGUUGCUGUUGCAAGGCAAGAUGAACGUAAUGACUCACUCCGAGUGUUUGGCCAGCUACGUUGAAAUACUUCAAAGGGGUGAGAAUGAGUUUAACGUUACUUACGAGAAACAAUUUUGCGCCGGCCUCAUGCCAGCAUUCAGAGGAAUCAAUCCAAUGGAGCUGAUGCUGAUCCACAUGCUUUUUAUUGCUGAUGGCUGCAUUUUGAUGUGGUCCCCUUUUUUCUUCGAAAUUGGUUUAGCUGAUUUUUUAUCGUUUGAUGGCAGCCUUAUAUGGGGAACUGGUGAUAAUGACUAUGCCAUUAGUGUAAUGGGUGACAGCGGAGGACCUCUGAUGUGCAGAAACUCCCGGUUUCAAUGGACUCAGAUCGGAGUAGUCAGCUACUGCGAUGACUCUAAGAUAGAUUACUGUCCAAUCAGUGUCUUUACUAGAGUUUCCUACUACUACAAAGCUCUCAUGGAUGCUAUGAAAUGA